GGUGAUGGGUCGACGAUGCAAGAUGCGGGGCAAGGUGAAAGAUUCGUCUACACCAAGCUCUCGAACCCGCAGAGGAAGCAAAAGAAGAGGAGACAGCCUCGGAGUGGAGCCGUCGAGCUGACAAAGGCGGAGCUGCUUGAGCGUCGGAUCGAGAUUGUCGAGUCGAAGAAGCAAUGGCUGAGCGACGAGGCGACCCGAGUGGGCAAAUCAAUCCGAGCGUUUUUGCAAAAAGCUUUUCCAGGCACAGAGCAAGGGGUCAAGACGGACGACGAUGACGCAUCUUCCAGCGACUCCUUCCACACUGCAGAGGGCCCGUCUUCGCCCACCGAGGUACUCUGUCUCGGUCUCGGAAGCGUCAAGGAUUCUCGACCAGCGCAGCUACAGCUAGCCUUCUUGCUCCUAAUUGUCGACCGCUUUCUUGCGAUUACAGGACAGGGGGCGCUGAUGCAAGCAUACGACCCAAUUUGGGAUGCUGAAGACAAAGAGCUCCUCGCUCACUUCGGCAUCAAGAGCUUGUCCAGCAACGAGAGGGGGGCAUAUCCCAUCUCGAAGGACAUUCCAACGCUCGUCUAUAUGCCUCACUGCACACAGAGCCUCUACGAGGCUCUCCUCCAGACGAACUGGACACCUGCACAGAUUGGUAAAUUAUCGCUCCUCAGCAACGAUCUCUCGCGAUACGACCGUAACGCCGAGGAGAGCUCAUGCACCACCCGUUUCGCACGGCACAUUGAAAAGAUCGACGUGCCCACUCUUCCGUCGCCCAACAACGAUGCACUCAAUGAUCUGGCGCUCCAGCGACUCGUCAGCGUACAACCUGCCGCCCCGUCGUCGUCGUCCUUGACUGACACUUUGGGCCGUCUGUCAUUGAAUUCGACGGUAGCAAAGCAUCACGACUUCUGGACCCUGCCCCACCCUUUGACAGACAAGGAUCACGAUUCCGAAGUAAUCUAAAGGGACAUAGAGAAAGACAUCCGGCCAAUUCAAUUUAGUCAAGGUAUACGUUUGUGGCUUUAGAGGAACAAGAAAGUCUCGGUGGAAGAUGAAGGGGGGCAUGAGAACGAAAAAGAAAGGAAUAAAAGAGACCAGUACGAUGAUGCAAAAGAAAAAGGGGACAAAAAAGAGAGGGAGGGAAAAUUGAGAAGAGCAAGUCUUCAUUCGAAGAUUUGCGGAUGUUCGAUC